AAGGUACAAAAAAAUAUUCCUUCGGGAUUGAUAUUAGCUGCAAGUUAUACUUCAGCAGAAGAGCUAAUUGAAAAAAACUUACUUGAGGUGGAUGAAGAACAGAAAAUAUCCUUGACAUAUGAGGAUAUUAAGGAUCUGUUUAGAGCAAAGUGUGCAGACCAAAAUUUACAGUAUAUUCAAGAAAGAGAGGAUAGAUUUGUUGAUUUGAUUCAAAAGAAUUGUAGUGGAUUACUAUUCUCCUUGAAGGAGCAUGGACUGGGUGACGAGGCAGCAAAAUCACUCACAAAAAUUCUGUCCAAAAACAACACCUACACAAUUGUGGAUUUAUGUGGUAAUAGAUUGAGAGAUACUGGAUGUAUUGAACUUGCACCCCUUCUGGAAAAUAAUACAUCCAUUGUUAGAUUAGAUUUAAGAUCUAAUGAUGUUGGAGGAAAAGGAGCAAAGGCCUUAUUCAAUGCUCUUUUAUUCAAUCAAACAUUAACAAGUCUGGAUUUAUCUGGCUUGAGUGGUAUCAACAGAAAUCACAUCAGCACCAAAGGUGCUAAGCACUUAAGCGAGUUACUUCAACAAAAUCAAACAUUGUGCCAACUUAAUUUGGCAAGUAAUGGUAUGGGAAGCGAUGGUAUAAGAAUUCUUUGUAGAGGAUUAGUGGAUAAUUUUUCUUUAACUGAAUUAGAUAUCUCCUCCAACAAUAUUGGAAGUGCUGGUUGUGAAUUUUUGGCAAAAGUUCUUGAUAGCACCAACCUGCAAAAGUUGAUUAUGGAGAGGAAUCAAAUUGGUGACAAGGGUGUUUCCAUAAUGUGUGAUAAGAUGAAAAACAUGUUAACCCCCACGCUUACCUAUUGGGAUUUGACAGAAAAUAAGAUUUCUCAUGAAGGUGUUCUUUCGAUAUGUGAAAUGUUAAAAAUUGACAAAUGCUUGAAAACUUUAAAAAUUGAGUGCAAUGAGUUUGGUGAUAAGGGAGCCGAAGAGUUUGCACAAUUAUUGGAAAUUAACAAAACUUUGAAGAAGCUCUUCCUAGGAGAGAAUGCUAUUGGAGAUGAAGGAGCAAAAGAAAUCGGAAAGGUUAUGGCUUUAAACAAAACUCUUAAAACUCUUUUCCUGAACAAUAACCUUAUCAAAGACUCUGGUACAAAGAGAAUUAUGAUAGGUCUCACUGAUGGAACAAAACUGAAACACUUGGAUUUGUCAUUCAAUCGUAUUGGAGAUAGGGCAGGAGUAGAAAUUGCAAGAGUGUUGGCAACAAACCGAUCACUAAAAACCUUGAAUUUGAAACAAAAUGAGUUGAAGGAAUCUGGAGAGCAAAUUGCAGAAGCAAUGAGAAAGAAUUUUAGUUUGACCUCAAUGGACUUUUCUUUCAAUGACUUUAGUUACAAGAGCUUUAGUUUCAUUUCAGAGGCACUAAAGAGAAAUGACAAGCUCCUAAAAUCAUCUGAGGUUGACAGACUAAAGAAAAAGAUUGAGGAGCUUCAAGAUACAGAACAAAGAUUAAUCGAGGUAAAUGACAGCCUCACUCAAGAAAAAGAGGAGGAAGUUGUAUUGUACAAAGAAUUGGAAGAGUCUGAGACGUCUCUUUCCAGGGUAAGACAUAACAGUCAAGCACAUUUAGAAAGCUUGCAAGAUGAGCUAGAAUCCAAAAAAGCAGAAACCUUUGAAACAGAAAAAAAGUACCGUUUCCUAGUUGAACGAUUUGGAGACGAAGAAGACUUGUUUGUCGAACAACUUAGAGAAAUGGACGAGAAAACAGAAUCAGAAAGAAGAAAGGUGGAAGAUUUGAGAAGAACAAAAAUUGCUCUUGAUAAGGAAGUGACCGAUCAAUUGAAAUUAUUGUCUAACGAAACCGCACCACUUUUAGAACAAUUACAACAAGAGGAGAAUAACUAUAAUAAGGAA